UGUGAAAUAUCCUUUUAAGGAUGCCUGCCAAUCCCCCAAAGACUCCUCCCUCUGUUCUUUGACAAUCGUUUUUUAUGUCUCUCAUUUCCAAACAUUUUUAAAGAGGCGCCAGGUUAUAAGUUCCCUUUGCUGAGACCAACAACUGCACUGCUCAGAAGUCCAUUACUCUUACAGGCAGACACUAAUAACUUUACAGACUAAGAAGAGUGAAGAUGGAUUGCAGAAGAGGAAUGAGGGAAUUCAUUAAGGAAGAUGCGAUGCUCGAAGUGGUAGACGUGGUAGAAGUGAUGGAGGAAAAUCAACUCGGCUUCUUUCAGGACCUUCUUCCCUCGGGAAAGCGUACGGCUUUGCUCUACCAUCUCUCCUAUCUCUGUGUGGCUAAGUUCCCCAAGUUGGAGAGGGUUCUUCGAGAGUGUGCUCUUGAAACGCAGAAUCUCUUUGCCUCCUCUGAGGCUCUUCUGCAGAAGUGUGUGGACACAAGCAACCAAAUGGUUUCCUCAAUGUUCCCUCGACUGAAACUCGCUGUUGAAAAUAAUGAAAACAUUGAGGCUACGAAGUCUUUGGAUGAAGCUAAACAAUGGAUCGCAGAAAUUGUUCACAAAGUGAAACAGAUGGUAGACAGAUAUGAGAAACACAACUACAUUGUGGCUUCCUGCACCAGUGAUGUGAUUCUUGAAAUGGAUGAGACAGAAAAACUAAAUGCACAAACUACUAAGGAGAUAGAGGCUCUAGAGAAGGUGGUGAGAGAUCUUCAGAUGGAACUGAGGAAAACCUUGGAGGAAAUCAGACAAAUUGAGUCAAAUUUAAACCAAUGGCAUGUCAAAUUUGCUUCUAGAAGACGGUUUGGUUUCAGUUUCCUGGCUGCCGUUGUUCCAUUUGUUGGAAACAUUAUUAAAUCCAUAUUUCAAACUAGACCUUCACCAAACCAAGCUCUCGCCAAUGAAAAAGCUCAUCUCGCUGCUCAGAAGUCAAACCUGAAAAGCAAGGAGCAAAAUAUCCAAGUCAAGCUGACUGAUUUUCAGCUGAAGUUGGCAAACAAGAAGGCGGAAAAGGGUUCAAUACCCGAAACUGUCUAUCUGAACGAUGCCCAAAAGUAUCUUUAUCACAUCCAGCAAACUCUGCUUCAUCAUAAUAUGUUCUGGAAAUCUGUGCUAGUAUUUCUGGAAUCUCUCAGAAGCGAGACCUUCGCUGAUGAACACUUCAUUGAGGAGAAUGAACUGAAGGAGAUUGUUCUAAAGCAUAUUGAUUCAGCGCAAGAGAAUUGGAAGGGCUUUGGUGAAUCCUGUCUGACGGCAAAGAUGGCUUUUAGCUUGCAGAAUAAGGAUGCGUUUAAGUUCCUGGAGUUUAACCCAUCUUCAUUGUCACCAGAGGAAUGGAAAAGGCAGUAUGACGUUGUCAAAGCAGAUUUUACAAAAAUAGGCUAUUGAUUAGCACAUCAUUGGCCUAUUUUGUUUUUUCACAUUAGCUUAUGAUGGCUGCCGUUACUUACAGUAUAUAUAAGUACAUCCAGCUUACACAAUGUUUUAAUACAAAGCUGCGUUUAAAUGGUCACUGGCUAGCACUUUGGUUGCUAGUGGGCCUUCCCACUAGUUUUCUUAUAAAGGUCAUGUUGUGAAAACAUCUACAUUUACAUCAACAUUUUGGAAUCAAUAUUUCUUUCCACUAAACAUUUCAAAGGGUAAAUAUUAUAUAAAUGGAAUCAGAAAAUGUAUAAUAUAAAAGUCAAUGUGUAAAAAUUUGAGCAUACAUUUAUUUUUAAAUUAGCAUCUUGACUGUAGUUUGAUUUAUAGACUUGCUGUGGUAUUAUAUGAGGAAUUUAUAAAGCCAAAAUCAUGAUUAAUA